AACAUCGAGUCUUGGAGUGAAUUUCCAUCAGAUUUUGCUUUCCUGUAGCACUACUUCUUCUGAUUUCAAGAAUAAACCGAACUUCUAAACAGACAAGAUAAUUAUGAAGCUGUUCCUGGCUAGCUUGGUUGCAUUGUUCGUGUUGACGAUUGCUGAAGAGCUGAAUUUCAAACGGACUGGUGAGACUGAAGACAAGAACCGUUUUGAAUCGGCAGGCUUGGUGAGCAAUGACGUUGGGAUCCAAAAACGCGGUUCGCUGUGUAUCGACACAUGUGAAAACGGAGUCGUUAAAUCAAAGUAUUGUACAACUUAUGCAAUUAAUUGUUUCGGAAGCGGACAGGUUGUUCCUGUCAAAUUCAAAAGCCCAUUUAAAGUACCGCCAAAGGUGACGAUUGGUCUUACUCUGAUCGACACUCACAAAGAUCAAAAUGUUCGCGUUCAUGUUAAGGCAGAAAGUGUAACAACUCAUGGAUUCAACGUAAGAUUCAAGCCAUGGUUUUAUUCUGUCACCUAUCAACUUCACGUCAACUGGAUGGCCUGUCCUUGAGUGUGAACUGAGCGCUGACGUUAUAGUUAAUCCACGAGAAAACUUAUAGUUUAAUAAUAAGACGUAAAUUAGUGUACCAUGCAUGCAUGGUGUUUUGUGUUCGUGUCGCGUAUUUUCAGUUGUAAUUCUAGACUUUUAUAUAACAAAUAAACCUGUUCAGCAAA